AAAUCGACACCUUUCUUUCCCUCCAUUCAAUCAACCAUGGCCACUGUACUCUUUUUGGAACUACAAUAGACCAACCAAUCAACACCUUUUCGUCUCUCAAUUCAGUCAUCCAUGGCCACUGCAACGAAGACUACUGAGGUUGCAGUCUCUAAUGGGUUGGGAAAUGAAGAGGAAGAUGAAAGUAGUAGGAGUAGCAUAAGGGCGAUGCUUGCGAAGCUCACAUUGAACAAGAACCCGAAGAAGCAAGUCAUUCCUCUCGGACUCGGAGAUCCGGCAACCUACCCCUGCUUCAGAGUGGGCCAGAAUGUGGCGGAAGCUGUUGUGAAAUCCCUAACCAGUGGCAAAUACAACACUUAUGCCCCAUCUUUUGGUAUUGCAGAUGCAAGAAGGGCAGUUGCAGAGUAUUUGUCAGAGGGGGUACCGAAAGGACUAGGGCUUGUAGAAGAGGACGUUUACAUGACGGUUGGGGGAUCUCAGGCCAUUGAGAUUUGCCUCGCUGCAUUAGGCAGAGGUAAACGAGGACCCUACAACAUAUUGAUGCCAAAGCCAGGAUUUUUGCUCUAUCAAAACUUCUGUGCACUAAACAACAUUGAGCCCAGGUUCUACCAUUUACUCCCACAAUCCAAUUGGGAGGUUGAUCUGGAUGGGGUGAGGCAUAUUGCAGAUGAUAACACGCUCGCCAUCGUUGUCAUCAACCCCAAUAAUCCCUGUGGUGCAGUUUACUCUCGCUAUCACCUCCAACAGAUUGCAGAAGUAGCAGGAAAAUUGAAGGUUCCUGUGGUUUCCGAUGAAAUAUAUGGGCAUAUCGUAUUCGGAGGAAGUGAGUUUGUACCUAUGGUCUCAUUUGCUUCCAUCACUCCCAUAAUAACUAUUGGAGGCCUAUCCAAACGUUUCCUUGUCCCUGGAUGGCGACUAGGUUGGAUAGCCCUCUCUAAACCCCAAGGAUCUCUCAAGCAAACUCGGAUCAAAGAAGACAUUGAGAAGCUCAUGAACGUAAUUCCUGGACCUUCCUCCUUCAUACAGGUUGAACUUCUACCGUCUUUUAUAGUCAUGUUGGUAUGUUGUUUCUAUAAGGCCGAGGCUCUGAACCAUCAAAGUAAGGCUGCACUUCCUAGCAUAUUAUCAGACUCAAACCAACAUUUCCAUGAGAACAUGAUCAGUUUGCUGGGGUCAUGUGCUGAUGCUUGCUACUCAGGAAUUGAGCGUAUCAAAGCUCUAUAUUGCCCUUCCAAACCAAGGGGAUCGAUGUUUAUCAUGGUCAAGGUCCAAAUUUCGCUUCUCUCAAAUGUGAAUGAUGACGUAGAAUUUGCAACAGAGCUCAUGAAGGAGGAGUCGGUCCUAGUCCUACCAGGUUCCAUUCUGGGGUUGAAAGAUUGGGUAAGGAUACAUUUUGGAGCUCCUCCAGAAAUAUUGGAAGAGGCACUUGAUAGGAUUGAAUCCUUUUGUGAGAGACACAAAAACUGCAGGUAGAAGUUAACGAGCAAGAGCGGUGAUGGAUGCACCACACAGACAUCGAUUCAUUCAUUCACUUGGAUAUUUUGCUCAUUCUUCAAGACUUUGGAGCAGCACAAUUGCGUUUGCAUAACUGGAAACCGAAACAAUGUCGGGGGAUCAUUUCCCUUUCUUUAUUCCUUUUUUUGUUUUUUGUUUGACUGCCAAAAGACUUACUCUGCCAAUUUAUCAAAAAAUAAAGAGAAACAGAGAAAGCUACCGGAUGUUACGGCUUCUUGCAACUGCUAUUCUUUUCACCUGUAGCAAAAAUGGGGAUAUCCCAAAAAGACUGAACACUUGCUUUAUUCA